GGGAAAUAGCAGGAGGAGGGGACUCAAACUCUGGCAGACCAUACCUGCCGAUCUGUUGAGGACUCUUUCGACGUGGGCGCGCUCCCGAGCGAAUCGCUGGUGGUGUUCUGCAUCGCGACGGCGGGCAAGGGCGAGCCCUGCGGCAACGGGCGCAACUUCUGGGAGAAGCUUCAGGCCCGCGCAGACGAUCUGAAGGGCAACCUGGGCAGCACGAAGUACUGCGUUUUCGGGCUCGGCGACUCGCACUACUGGGGCAAGGGCACGGAGGACUCCAAGGUCAAUUUCGCAAAGCCGGCGCGUGAUUUGGACGCGUUCAUGGAGAGCCUUGGAGCGAGCCGCCUGGUGCCGACCGGCUUCGGCGACGACCAGGACGUGGACCAGUAUCACACUGGCUUUGCCGAGUGGCGCGAGGGGCUCUACUCCCGCCUGGGCGUCGACAAGGCGGCCGGCGGCGGCGACAGCGACGACGGGCCCGUGAAGUCCGACGAGCAGAUCAAGGUGGAGACCAGGCAGCUCCGCGGCUCCAUGCGGGAGUCGUUCGACGACAAGACCACGGGGCAGGUCCCCUUCCAGGACACCAAGCUGGUCAAGUCGCACGGCAGCUACCAGCAGGACGACCGCGACCUCCGCGAGGAGCGCUCGAAGUUGGGGCUCGAGAACGCCUUCAGCUUCAUGAUCCGCAUCCGCCUGCCCGCGGGCUACUGCACCGCCGAGCAGUGGCUUGCCAUGGACAACAUCUGCGGAACCUUCGCCAACGGCACACUGAAGAUCACCACCCGGCAGACCUGGCAGGUACACGGCGUCCUGAAGCGCGACAUGAAGGCCUGCAUGCAGGCCAUGAACCGCGCCUGCAUGGACACGGUGGCGGCGUGCGGGGACGUGUGCCGAAACGUCCUGUGCACCAGCGACCCGUCCGUGUGCAGCCGGGAGGUCAUGCAGCAGGUGAUGAGCGACUGCUACGCUUCCCACGACCACUGCCUGCCGCGCUCGGGGGCGUACCACGAGAUCUUCCUCGUACACGGGGCCGAGUACGAGGAGAAGUGCCAGGUGAUGGGCAGCACCCCGCUGGAGGAGGAGGCCCUCUACGGCCUGACGUACCUGCCGCGGAAGUACAAGGUCGCGUUCGCAAUCCCUCCGUCCAACGACGUGGAUGUCUUCGCGCACUGCUGCGGCUUCAUCGCCAUCAUCGAGGACGGGAAGCUGCUCGGUUACAACGUCACCGUCGGUGGCGGCCUCGGCUUCACGCACAACAACCAGAAGACGCACCCCAGGCUGGCCGAGGUCAUCGGCUUCUGCGAGCCGGAGGACUGCAGGUACAUCACCGAGUGCGUGAUGACGGUCUCGCGCGACUUCGGCGACCGCACCGGCCGCAAGCAUGCGCGCGUGAAGUACACGGUGGAGGACUACGGGGCGCAGUGGUACCGCGAGCAGGUGGAGGAGCGGCUCGGGAAGAAGCUCGGCGAGCCCAGGCCAUACAAGUUCGAGCGCAGGGGGGACCUCUUCGACUGGUUCCAGACGAAGGACGACGGGCUCUGGCACUGCGGCUGCCUCGUGACAGGCGGGCGCGUGAAGGGCGACGUCCGCACGGGCCUGCAGAAGAUAGCGGCGGAGCUGAAGGGCGUGGGGGGCUUCCGCAUGACCUGCAAUCAGCAGCUGCUCAUUACCGACGUGCCGGCGUCGAAAAAGGCCGCCGUCCAGAAGCUGCUCGACGAGUACAAGAUCCCCCACAACGACGAGACCACGGUGAGCGGCCUCAGGCGCAACAUGAUCUCCUGUGUGGCGCUGCCCACAUGCCCCCUCGCGUUCGCGGAGGCCGAGCGGUACCUGCCCACGCUGGUCGGCCGCCUGGAGACGGUCGUGGAGAAGGUCGGCCUGCGCGACCGGGACAUCUCCAUCCGCAUGACCGGCUGCCCGAACUCGUGCGGGCGGCCGUCCAUGGCGGAGAUCGGCUUCAUCGGCAAGGCCCCAGGGACUUACAACAUGUACCUUGGCGGUGCGUUCGACGGAUCGCGCCUGGCCACGCUGUACAAGGAGUCGGUCACGGAGGACCAGAUUGUCGCGCUGCUCACGCCGAUAUUCGGGGCAUACGCCAAGGAGCGCGCAAAGGGAGAGACCUUCGGCGACUUCAUCAUCCGCAAGGGCAUCGUGAAGGCUAUGCACGCUGGGCGCCUGUGGUGGUCGCUGCCUGAAGUCUGAGCUGUCUCGUACAGGCAGCGUGGUCGGCACGAGGCUCUGUAGUUGUCGCGCCGUUGAGCGUCUGCCCUCGUCGCCCUCGUUCGGGCUGAGGGCCGCGCCGGCACAAGCGCGCAUGUUCCGCGGCAGUGUGCCUUCCCACCCUUUGUGCCCGCCCUGCCUCUCCCGCGGUCCGUGCGUCCUCCUCCGGGCACGGGGAGCGGGGAAGCUUGCCCACCCCCCCUCGUCCUGCUGCCCCCUUUGCUCUGCCCACCCUCAGCCUCUGCCGUCCUCCUCCUCAGGGGGCACCGCGCGGCGCCUCCGAGCGAUUUUUCCCGUCGUGCACGGCCAGGCGUGGGGCUCGAGAGCGGGAGGGCUCCGAGCGGCACGGGCAGCGCAGAUGUCAGGCCCGCCUCCUGCCGUGUUGGCCCCUGGAGGGCUUGAUCUCUGUUCCGUCUCUCUCCGUCGAGGCGUAGAUUUUGGUCGCGUCCCUCGUGGGGCGAUUCCGUCGCCCUGCGAGGAGUAACAGGAUUUGUCCCUGAGGCGCGUACCCGGGUGGCAGCUCAUUGUAGAUCAUGGCGGGGAGGAGGAGAGCCGAGAGAAGAACGAGGUGGACGAGGAGAAGAGGCUCUUCGAGACAGUGUCUGAGUUGCCAAGAACAGCGGAUCAUCCGACGCUGCAUAUGGUGACGUCGGCCAAUACCCACAACAUGAUCAAGUUAUCGCAUGCAGGGAGGGUGA